GAGGCGAACCUGGACGUCCAGUACAUCACGGCGCUCGCGCCGGGCGCGGAGACGGUCUACUGGUACCUCGACGAGACCGUCCUCGACGUCUUCGUGCAGUACGCCGUCGACCUCGACGCCGCCGAGGACACGCCGCUCGUCAACUCGAUCAGCUACGGGUCCUUCGAGCGCGAGAACGCGCCCGACGCCAUGGAGGCGUUCAACCGCGCGGUGAUGAAGCUCGGCCUGGCCGGCGCGACGGUCUUCGUGUCCAGCGGCGACGACGGCGCGCCUAACGGCAUCGACGACGCGAGCGAGUGCGCCUACAACCCGAGCUACCCCGCGACGUCGCCCUACGUCGUCGCCGUCGGCGCGACGUACAAGGCGAGCUGGGCCGACGACGACGCCGGCGAGGUCGUCUGCGAGAGCGACGUCGACGACGCGGUCAUCACGUCCGGCGGCGGCUUCAGCGAGUUCAACGCGGCGCCGGCCUACGCGGGGACGACCUACGCGGCCUACCUCAACGCGACGGACCCGGACCCGGGCUACGCGGCGGCGGGCCGCGGCUACCCGGAUUUGGCGCUCGCGGGCUACGGCUACGAGGUCGUCAUCGGCGGCGAGCUCUACACGGUCUCGGGCACGUCCUGCUCCGCGCCGACCGUCGCGGGCAUGACGACGCUCGUCAACGCGAUCCGGUCGGAGGCGGGCGCUUCGCCCGUGGGCUUCAUCAACCCGACGCUCUACGCGUCCGCGGGCGCCUUCGCCAACGACGUCACGUCGGGCAACAACAAGUGCGUCGCCGAAAACGAGUUCUGCUGCGACGAGGGCUUCGCCGCGCGCGGCGGCUGGGACGCGACGACGGGCUGGGGCAGCGUCCACUUCCCGGCCUACGAGAAGGUCCUCACCGCGGACCUCGCGCCCGACGCCGUCGAGCGGGCCAAGGCGCGCCUCCGCGCGCGCGGGGCCGCGAAGAAGAAGGCAGCGCCGUCGUAA